AUGAGCGACCGAGGACCAGGCAGCCGCCGCGCCGGCAGCGCCAGAGGGCGCAACUCAUCCCGCUCUGCGACUUCGUCGGCGCGCUCCUCGGCCGCAUUUGAGCGUGACCACGACCAGCACCUGCAACCGCAACAACGGUAUAACCCCAGCCUGCGCUCCGUCAGCUCGCGCUUUUCCCUCUCCGACCAGUUCGCAGCCACCAGAAGGGAGUAUGAGUUUGGCUUUGACGACGGCGCAUCCUUCAUCACGACAGAUGCCGAGGUGGAGACGGACCAGGAAGACACCCUGACGGGCACUGGGAGCUUCGACGGAGUUAUCGUCACUCCUCCCGCAUCGCACCGUGGUGCCGGCAAUGCGCCGAGACAAUCAGGGAUAGAGGGGAUACGGCGCUCGCAUUACGAACUGUUGUCAGUUCCAGUGGGUAACGAGGCGUCUGAAAGAGACAUCCGUCGGGCUUAUUUCCGACUUUGCGAUAUCCUUCGCUCAGACAGUAUCCCAGCGCAACAACAAGAUGUAGCCGAGCGGUAUCUUGGGCAUGUUCGGGCUGCGUUCGAAACUCUCAUCAGCAAACACAGCAGAGACGACUAUGAUGCCUCACUACUAGACGAGGAGCUUGAGGAUGCCACACUGUUGUCAGGCGAAGAGGGUGAAGGCGAUGGCGACACGCGACAAGCUAGACGAGUAAAUACUCAACUGGUGCGGGAAUUGCGGCGGCAGCAAGAGCGGGAAUCAACAGACAUAGGAUUGCACAUGGAUGUACAGUCCAUAGUCUCCUCAGGCCACCGAGAACUUUACCUUCAACGCGGUCUACCAGCAACUUUGUCUCUCACCCAGACUUCAAUCACUUCCAUUCCAGCCAUCAGUCAAGCUUUAGAGCCCAAGCUGCGACAAUUCCGAAAGUCUUUGGGCGGCGCAGCAGCUUCAGGCGCUGCGAAAGUCGAAAAGAACGAGCUCUACUGCACCACCCCCAAUGUUACCCUCACAUCUUCAAUUUUCGCAACAGAUGCGAAAGACUCCUUCCUCCCUCCUGCUAGUGUGUUAGCCCGCCAACAGAACCUCAGCCAUGACACCCUUCCAAAAGACAGGCAGCUGCAAUGGUUCUCAUUCUACUUUGCACCCACCCUCAAUCUAAAGCUCCGGCAGGAGCUCUUCGUCCGGGAGCCCGGGCUCUCUGAGGCUGCACUGAGGCGAACACUACCAGAUGCCGUAGUGGAAAUCGAGACCGACACUCUCAAUGCUGCGUCUCUCACGGCGAGAGCUUCACAUGUACUGCGCUUCAAUGGCGACGAGGAGGACGAGCACCAACCGGCCGAGCCACUGCACACUGAGGCGAGCGUAUCGGUAAGCCGGGCGUGGCCGGCUGCCAGCUACAAGCCGAGAUUCGGACUCGGUCUGCACCGGCGUGUGGGUGGCCACAAUGGCGGUACUGUGUUUGCCUGUACGGACAGUGGGACUCCAUCUCUCUGGGAAGGGCUUUCACCGUCUUCGUUUUUCAAGGAUUCCGUGAGAAGAAGGCUCGACCGAGACUCAACUGGGGCUUCCUGGCGCAACUACAUGAGUCAGCUCUCACAGAUGUUCGGACCAGGGGGCAUGCCGAACUACUACAGCCCGCCCACGCUCGAAGUCGGAUACAAGUUCGGUGCUUUCUCUGAAGAUACCUUGGGACUACGUUCCGGCCGUGCUUUCACGAAGCCAGCAGGGAGUGGACUACGACGGCUUCACGAUAGUGUGACCUUAUGUGGUCCAGGCGAGGGAGGAUCGUGGACGAUUUCCGGCGCGUUGACCCCUGGCGGAGUGGCCGGAUAUUUGAGGUUCGGAAGGAACCUGCUGUCAUCACUUCCUGAUCUGGAGCACAGCCUGAUUCCGAAUCGGUUGAGAGGCCUACUUGGCUGCCGCUUUGAAGCUGAGCUAUCCACGUACACAUCGAGGCCCAGCAACCUGCUCGGCAGGGCGCACUCGCUGGGCAGGUCAGAGAUCAUCCAGCUGGCCGUGCGCGGGCUCAAGAAGUUCGGAAAGUCGUCGAAAGUAGGCCUCGAGAUGUCUGUGAGCAGUGCCAACAGCAGUCUGGCUCUGUCACUAUAUUACUCAACAAAGAACAACAAGAGCCUGACCAUCCCGUUGAUGCUCUUCCGAGACCAGCCCUCCCACUAUCAGUUCCUCGCCAAGUUCCUCCUGUGGGCCGGCUUCCUGCCCGCCCUGGCUCUCGCAGCACUCGAUCACUCGCGGACUCUCCUGCCCCGAGCGUCCGCCGCUUCCCAGGCAGAGAAGAGUCGGCGCUCGCAAGACAUCCAAAAGUAUAUCGCCGCCCGCCGCGCCGAAGCUGAUGACCUCGUCACCGUUCUCGCCGAGCCCAUUAUGCAAAGACAGCGGGUUCAGCGCGAGCGCGGCGGUCUUGUGAUACUGAGCGCGAAGUACGGAGUCAUCGAUGGCCCGUCCACUUCUCACCCCUCAGACUCGUCCACGGGUCCUCCUGCUAUCCAAUUGGGACCGAGCUGGACCUCCCCAGAGGAGGUCGCCGAUGUCACUGUGGCGCUGGCGGCGCUGGUAGACGACGAUGGAACACUCAAGAUCCCCGAGGGGCUGAGGAAAAGCCGACUGCUCGGCUUCUGGGAUCCCAGGCCCAGACGGACCAAGUGUCUUCUCGUGAGGUACAUGUUCCGGGGUCAGGAGAAGGUGAAGGAGGUCAUGGGGAGAGAGGAGCUUGCGUUGCCGUCAAAUAGGGGCUUCGUGCUCGCAUUCUCCCUCUGUUGCUUCGGCGCCGGAACCGACUCCGACGAGAUCAUCCACUUCUUACCACCAGAAUUUUACACCAUCACGGACUGA